GGGCAGUCCCGGGGCAGCCGGUCUGUGUGAGGGGCGGUGGGAGCGGGACGGGAGAGCGGCCGGUGACAGCGGAGCCCUGAGCAUGCGGGGCCGGAUCCCGGGAAUCUGCGGAGCCCUGAGGAUGCAGGAGCGGAUCCCGGCCCUGCUCGGCCUGGCCCUGGCCUUGGCAUCGCUGCUGUGCACGGCCGGAGCGCGCCGGAGCCAGGACCUGCACUGCGGAGCCUGCCGGGCGCUGGUGGACGAGCUGGAGUGGGAGAUCGCCCAGGUGGAUCCCAGAAAAACCAUCCAGAUGGGCUCGUUCCGCAUCAACCCCGACGGCAGCCAGUCGGUGGUGGAGGUGCCGUAUGCUCGGUCUGAGGCGCACCUGACGGAGCUGCUGGAGCGGGUGUGCGAGAAGAUGAAGGAGUACGGCGAGAAGGUGGAUCCCAACACGCACCGCAAGAGCUACGUCCGGGUCAUCUCCCACGACGGCACCAAGAUGGACCUUUCCGGCGUCAAAUUCGACGGUGACGUGACUUCCAGCCUGAAAUUCGCGUGCGAGAGCAUCGCUGAGGAAUACGAGGAUGAGCUCAUCGAGUUUCUCUCGCACGAGGCUGAGAACGUCAAGGACCGGCUCUGCAGCAAGAGGACGGAUCUGUGUGACCACGCGCUCCACAUCCCACACGACGAGCUGUGAGCGCCUCUGGAGCGGGGACCGGGACAGCGCCGGGAUCCACCGGGAUGUCCCAGGACUCACCGGGAUGUCC